AUGUCUAUGAUCAGCAAGGAGGUGUUGCGCGAGAACCAGGACUUCAAAUUGGGUAAGCCAGCAGAUUACAGGCACUACUUGGUGAUCUCGAUCGGGACGGGAACGGCGACGAUGGCGGAGAAGUACACCGCACCGGCAUGCGCGAAAUGGGGUGUACUCCGGUGGCUCUACGACAGCGGCUUCACCCCACUCAUCGACAUCUUCAGCCAUGCAAGUGCAGACAUGGUCGACAUCCAUGCCUCCGACGAUUCGCUGGUGGGGCACACGUCGUCGGUGGAUAUCGCGACGGAGGAGAACAUGGAGGCACUGAUCGGGAUCGGCAAGGACCUUCUGAAGAAGCCAGUGGCGAGGGUGAACAUAGACACUGGAGUACACGAGCCCGUCGAUGGCGAGGGCACCAACGAGGAGGCACUCGCUCGCUUCGCUAAGAAGCUCUCAGAGGAGAGAAGGCUACGCAGAAACAGCCUCAGUUCCUCUUGA